GCAUGUCCAGAUAGUAUAGGGGCGUAAUACUGCAUUUGUCAUUGUUUCAUGAAGUUGACAGUAAUUACCUUCUAUAAAUAACACCUGUUGAAGUUUGGAUUUAGUAUUGAAUCUCAAAAACGUUGAUCGGAGUAUUGUACUAUCACCAAGACGACAAAAUGAGAAUGGAUUGCCGACUUUCGUUUGCAGUUGUUUUCUUAAAUAUCAUUGUAUCUCCAGUUUUGUCCGCAUCUACUACGUCCAGUAACGAAAAUGUAACGAGUAUUACCACUGAGAGUUCGACACUAGUUCCUAUAAGUAACGAAACAUCCACACUUCCGCCCAAUGACAACGUCACCACUGCAACACUUCCGGUACACAACAGUACGAUACCCAUGACAAUAGAACCUUCUGACAACUACACCGGAUCUACGGUAAUCCCCCAGGAAACGACGUCAUCGAAGCCUAUACCAAUACAAACGACAGUACCACUUCCGAAGACAACCAGUGCGGCUUCCUCGGGAUUCGAUGGAGGAUCGUUCGCCGGCGGCAUUGCUCUCGGAGCUGUUCUCGCACUGAUAUUGCUUGGAGUGUUAUACUACUGUCGUCGGCGCACAGGGUACAGCAAUUUGUCAUCAUAGAUAAUAAACUUUCUCGAUACACAGAUCGGGCAACUUGCGAACACAUUCGGUGGAGUAUUGAAAAGGUUCGAGGUAUUUAUCAAGGUGUUUUCAAAAAAAAUCCGAUAAGUGUCAUUCUGCUGUGUGUUUAAGAAGACGUAGAAGGUGCACAGCGCUAUCUCAAUAUGACAGUUUUCUGUAUAAUAUUCCAAAGACAGUUGGCUCAGUGUAACUACAAAAAAAAACCGAACUAACACAAAUAUAAAUCUUAACUACGUACUGUGAGUAGAGCGAUUGUGAGACACACAGAAGUGUAGGAAGCAUACUUCACAUGUAAAUAUUUAUAUUUCCACUAAAUUCAGACUCAAUGAACCUACCACAGUUAACUCGAGUCAUUUUUCAAUGAACUAUAUCAAGUCCGACAUUUGUCGA